CACAUUAGCACACCACAACAUGGCCACCAAGUCCCGGCGCCCCGUAGCGCUCGCUACCCCAAUGCCAGCAGUGACGCCGAAGCGCAAGGCGCACACUGGUGCGAGCAAGCAGGCGCUUCUGGACAACUUUGAUCUCGAGGUGUCCCACCGUACAAGCGACAUGCGUAACCAGCUCGACUCGGCGCUGGGCGGCUUCCUCGCCUUGGUCGACGCCGAGAUCUUCAAGAUCCCCCGUGCGAUGCGCUCCAUGACGCUCGGCGAGCUCGAAGUCAUCUGGCGAGGCAACUUUGCCGAGACGAGCCGCGCGAUGGCCGAGCAGAAGUUUGAGCGCGCACACCCGGACAAGGACCACGCCGAGGUCGUCGCUGCCGCAGUGGAGGGAAAGCGCAAGCGCGAGGCGCAGUCGCCGCAUGAGAACUCGCGCAAGAGUGCCCGCACAAAACCCUUACCCGCCCUCCCUGGUACGCCGGCCGGCAAGCGUGUGACCAAGAGCAAGCGCAAGCUGCCUGCCGCGUCGCCGCUCCCCAAGUCGACGAGCAUGAGCACCAUUCCCCAGGACUACGAGUUCAACCCGCUCCUUCCCAAGACGCCCAAGUUCCCGCGCGCGCCAAAGCGCAACGAGUCGUUCUUCUCGCAGAACGGCUCGCCAGUUGACUUAAACGGCAUCGUGGCGCUCGACGACGUGUCGAAUGCGAGCGUUGGCAGCGACGACGACGACGACGAUGAAGACGACGACGACGAGCUGCCCGACCCGGAGAAGAUGGAGCGCCGCGCCCUCGCCGCGUCAUUACGCCACGCGUCGCCGCGCAGCAAGGCGUCCAGCUCGGCCGCGGCGCGCUCGCGCCCCAAGCGCGCCCCGAGCCUCAUCUUCCGCCAGAGCCUCGGCGCGCCGGCGCAGCAGCAGUCAGCCGACGAGGAGCGCCACGCCGAGAUCCCCCUAAGCGACGGCCGCACAAUCACGUUCAACCCCCUCAACUUGACCCCCGGCCGUAUCGACGACGAGCUCGCCUACGGCGGUCUCGGGGCCGCCGAGAAGAAGCGCGUCAAGAACCGCGUCCAGGAGGAGGUCGUCCGCGCCCUCACUGAGCGCAUGGAGCGCUGGAAGGCGAUUGCCUAG